AAGUUACCAAAAUGACCCUCUUGCCUGGAGAAAACUCCGAUUAUGACUACAGCGCCCUGAGCUGCACCUCUGAUGCCUCCUUCAGUCAUCAGCAUGCAUUCUUUCCUCGGUCUGAGUCCCUCAAGGGAGUAUUUUACCGAAGAGCCAAGAGACUUCAUCCCAAAGACAACGUCCACCAAAGCAGCCAACCUGAAGACCGAAAGAGGCAGAUCAUCAUUAACGUGGGGGGGAUCAAGUACCUGCUGCCUUGGACUACCCUGGACGAGUUUCCCCUGACUCGUCUGGGCCAGCUGAAAUCCUGCACCAACUUCGAUGACAUCCUCAAUGUCUGCGAUGACUACGAUGUGACCUGCAACGAGUUCUUCUUCGACCGCAACCCCGGGGCCUUCCGGACGAUCUUGACUUUCCUCCGGGUGGGGAAGCUCCGGCUGCUCAGGGAGAUGUGUGCGCUUUCCUUCCAGGAGGAGCUCCUGUACUGGGGCAUUGAGGAGGACAACCUGGACUGGUGCUGCCGGCGGCGAUACCUGCAGAAGAUCGAGGAGUUUGCUGAGAUGAACGAAAGGGAGGACGACCUGCUGGAGAGCGAGAGUGCCGGGGAGAUGGCCGAGGAGACCCGGCUGGGCCAGUGCAUGAAGAGGCUGCAGGACAUGGUGGAGAGGCCUCACUCAGGGCUGCCAGGGAAGGUGUUUGCCUGCCUGUCUGUACUGUUUGUGACCAUCACUGCGGUGAAUCUGUCUAUCAGCACCAUGCCCAGCUUGAGGGAGGAGGAAGAACAAGGUGAAUGCUCCCAGAUGUGCUACAACAUCUUCAUUGUGGAGUCAGUGUGCGUGGGCUGGUUCUCCCUCGAGUUCCUGCUGAGGUUCAUCCAAGCUCCCAGCAAGUUUGCCUUCCUCCGGAGCCCCUUGACUCUGAUCGACAUAAUCGCCAUCCUCCCCUAUUACAUUACUCUGGUGGUGGAUAGCACAUCUGUGGGCCAAAAAAAGCCCAGCUCUGGCAACAGCUACCUGGACAAGGUGGGGCUGGUGCUCCGCAUCCUGCGGGCCUUGAGGAUCUUGUAUGUCAUGAGACUGGCGAGACACUCUCUGGGCCUGCAGACACUUGGGCUCACAGCCCGACGGUGCACCCGGGAAUUCGGGCUCUUGCUGCUCUUCCUUUGUGUGGCCAUUGCCCUCUUUGCCCCAUUACUUUAUGUCAUUGAGAACGAGAUGGCUGAUAGCCAAGAAUUCAGCAGCAUUCCAGCCUGCUACUGGUGGGCUGUCAUAACCAUGACCACGGUGGGUUACGGUGACAUGGUACCCAGGAGCACCCCUGGCCAAGUGGUAGCCCUGAGCAGUAUACUUAGUGGCAUCCUCCUUAUGGCAUUUCCUGUGACCUCCAUCUUCCACACAUUCUCCCGCUCCUACCUGGAGCUGAAGCAGGAACAGGAAAGGGUCAUGUACAGGAGGGCACAAUUCUUGAUCAAAACCAAGUCACAGUUAAGUAACAUGUCACAGAACAGCAAUGUUUUAUUUGGCAGCACCUCCUCAGACACUAGAGACAACAACUGAAAUGAGACAGCUCCGAACACCCUCUGGUGUGAAGCUUAAGUGGCCUUGGCAGUGAGGUCCCCCCAAAGAUCACCCUGAUGUCUGUGACAGUUGAACAGUGGGCACUGUUCCUACAGAGACGAGAGAAAAAAGGAGUGUUACAUAUGGAGUUUGGGUCAUUCCCAUAACACUUAGCCAUGGAUGGUCUCCAUAGUUUGCCACAGUUAAUAGUUCAUGUCCAUCAAUAAAGAAAUGAGUUUUCUUCCUC